CACGCAACACACCUGCUUUUUCUGCAACGCACAACGCACAACGCGGACCAGACGCUGUCUUCUUGUAUGGCAUGAAGCUCCACCGCGAUGUGUCGGAGCACCCCACAUCCGGCGGGCUGACCGAGCUAGUUGACGCCCAACAGGAUGCCGACAUCGAGAAGGACACAGCCGCGGAUCUACAAUUGAUAACAGUCCUCUCAGCGCUGCGAAACGGAUAUUUGCCCUCCAACGUCCAGCUCUACGGCUGGCUUGACCGCGUGUCGUCCCUCAGCGCCGAUGAUGCUCUAUCCGGCGAGACGGCCGCAGCAUUGGCCGCACUCAAGAACCUCGGUGACACGCUGCGGAGAGUGUUGGCCGAGAAGAACGGCGACGAGCUGCUGCAGGACACGGUGUGGAUGGCGUGGUACGAGACGCGGAGUGGUAGCGAACGCGCGCACCUCCGAGCCACACUCCCUGUCGCCCCGCCGGCAGGGGAGGGAGUCACAGGCGGGGAACACGAUCGGUCCUUCGAGGACGCCCUUGCGCGCGAUGUUGACGCUGCUGCGCGUAAGGCGGGCGACCGUGAUGGCGAGCUGCGUGAGGCCGUUGGGCAUAUUCGCACCCUGGGGACGAUCCUCUUCACAAACCCGCAACUCAGAGCGGCGAUCAGCGAGAUAACUGCGCUAGCGCGAGAGUACCGCCGUGGAGAAGAAUCACGGACUGAAGAAGGGAGUGGUCCGCCCGGCGUGGGCGUCGAGCCGGAUACCGUCCAGGACGGCGCAGCAGUCGCGAUCGGGGAGUCGGCGACUAUCGAAAGCGAAGACAGGGACUGGCGCGACCUAGACGACUUCCAUAUCCCGGGCGAGUUCGGGGAUCCAGAGAGCGGAUGGGGCGCCGACGGCGAAGUGUUCUUUGACGCCGAAACGACCGUGACGCUGGACCCCCGGGUCACGGCAUUCCUGUACCAGCUGCGCGAUGCCAUCGCCAGAAUGCAAGAGCAGGAGGGUUACCCCGCGGCCAUGGCGUGGCUGCUGGACACGUUUGCGGCGUACGAGUACGAAGUGAUCUGUCGGACACAUCCUGAGCUGGCGCCGGACUACCCCUACCAGCCGCGCAUGACGCCGACGCGCCGCAUCCUCGCCAACCUCGUGACGCUGGCGGAGCGCUUCGCGGCCCACCGCUCCCUGGGCCCCGUGCAGCAGUCGAUCAACAAGUUGUACGCGUACGUCCUCGAAGACGUGGUAUCCCGCGCCCUGUCGAUUGAGAUUGAUGGGUUCAUCCGCCAAGUCUUCCUAGAGAAGGGGUACGUGUCCACCGACGCGUGUGUCGUGCGCGCCGCGCAGCUCUGGGACCGCUUGAGCGCCUGGCUGUCAAACGAAGUACAUGCGGCGCAGUGGAACGCCGCGUGGGCGGGCAUGGCGCAUUUCCUGGGCAUCGAGGCCAUCGCCAUCUCCCGUCCCAAACUCGCGAGCUGGUUCUCAGACGACCCGCUCACGCAGGAGCUCGAGACACGCUGGACUGCCGUCACCGACGCCCUGCUCCUAGAUAACAGGCGGCUGGCGCUCAAGCGCAGCCUGUGGUCGGAGCUGGGACGGCUGGCCGCGUCCGCGAUCAACUGGCGCGGCUUUGUCACCUUGCCCCGCAUCGAGCUCGUCACGCCCGGCAUCGAGCUUAUCCUGGAGAACGUACAUUUGUCGCUAGCGAACCUGUUCCCCAGUAUCCUGGACGUCCAGGUAUAUGACCGGACGCGAUUCAGCCCGUUCGCGGACCUGCGCGCGAGUUGUGCUGCAGCAAACAAGACGCGCCUCCGCGUACGAGGCGAGCAGAUUCAGGCAGAUAUGCGAGACGCCCUUAUUUCUCUAAGGUUCGCCAAGCUAGGCUUCUCCGACCAAGGGCGAGCGGAUAUUGCUCUGACACGCCGCGGGAUCACAUUUGACAUCGAGCUCGAGUUCGACACGCACCCCGACGCGAAGCACAUCAUCACGGCGACCCGGAUUGAUUUCGGCAUCGACGAGCUGUCGCUCACCGCGAAAGGGACCCGCCGAGACGGGCUGUACGCCGCUCUCCUCCCGUCUCUUGGUGUGCCAUUCCUCAAGUGGCGCAUGGCGUCGAAGUGGAAGCAGAAGCUGGCCCGUGGGAUCCGGUACCUCAACACGGAGCUGUGCGAGCUGCGCGACCGUCUCAACGUUGAGAAGGGGCGGGCGGGAAGCAGGGAUAUGCGCGCGAGCACGCGCCUGUUGAAAGUCACCGCUGAGCGGCUGCAAGAGUUCCGGUCCGUCGUUGCAGAGCGCAAGGGGCGCAGGAAGCGCGCGAUACGCGCCUAUCGUCGAGAACGGGGAUAUGGGAGCAGCUCCAAUGCCUCAGACACAUCAUCCUCGGACGAGAGCAGCGACGACGAAGUGGGGCCGGGCGAGCCGGACGUCCUGCGCGGAUUUCGCAUCUCCUUCGCCCUUGCGGACGCCAUCCUCCCGCACAUCACCGCCGAUCCUGAGCGGUCGCUGCUGUAUCGCCGCGAGAGGGCCGAGAAGGCGGCGCGGCGGGCGCACCUGGAUAAUGGGAGAUCACACACUUUUCAGCUGCACGGCAUGACGACCUGGUCACCAGUCGCGCACGUGCAGUGA